UAUGAAUCAUGAUGUCAACUUUCAAGAUUUUCCAUUUUCUCAGCAUUAUUUUAUUUUUCUACGAAGGUAAAAAUUGUAUUAAUACUUGAUUGCUCUCGCUUACAAACCUCUGAUUUUUUUGCAGUCAGUUCGAAAAAAUUACGAAUGGAAGGAGGAACGUAUGACUAUGAAAACAAAUAUAAGUACCAAAUUUCUAUCCAGAAAAAAAGUGUACGAGAUGGAAAUUUUCACCACACGUGUGGUGGUGCUAUCAUAAGCGAUUUUCAUAUUUUAACAGCGGCUCAUUGUUUCGUUGAAGAGAAUGAUCUUGACAAAUACCAAAUAAAAGCCGGAACGAGUAAUUUGAAAGAAACAGGCAUACUUCGGUCUAUAAAUUCCGUUGUAAUGGAUCGUAGAUAUCCGGAAAAACAAGACUUCGACGUAGCUGUGAUCCAAUUAAAAAAUUCUUUGAGUAUUAAACAUAAUUCACAAUACUUAAGUAAAAUCAAUCUACCGACGGACAGUACGAAAUCAUACAUGAAUAAUCUUGCCACAGUAACUGGAUUUGGUUUGAAUGGUUACAAACGUGGAAAAGACGUAAAUGGGAAAGAAAUUCGUAUUCCGAAAAAGGAUCCCUGGAGACGUUUUAUGGAAGUGAAAGUCAUGCAAGUUCCAGGCAAUCCUGCAUGCUUAUUAAAAAAUAUUUUAUGUGUCGUGACAAUUGCAAAGACAUCCUCUCGUUCUAUAAAUCAAAAUCUUUGCUCGGGUGAUAGCGGUGGACCCUUAGUAUACGAAAACACUGUAAUUGGCGUUUUUAGCAGAAGUAAUGAGAAAGAUAUUAUGACCGAUAAAAAACCAAUAUAUUUCAUGAAAGUUUCAAAUUUUAUGGGUUUUAUUCGACAAGCCAUGGCGAAUGAACAAGACGGCAUUGUCAAAUGUGGUGGUAGUCGCGUAUUUUCUUGUAUGCGGUUCAAGUGAAUAGGAAGUUUAAAAUAAAAUGAAACUAUCAAUCAAUACCACGUUGAAAACGAUUAUUGAUUAGUAAUUAUACAUCCCUGCAAUUUUUAAAAUAUUGAAAGACAAAGAAAAAAAUACUUAUACAGCGUAAAAUAUAAAUUUUUCAAAUUUCAUUUCCUACUAUUAAAAAUUUGUAAUAAAUUCAGUGCAUCACGAUUUUUUUGAAUACUCAUUGUAUGUACAGAAUGUUUACACAUUAUUUG